AUGGGUUCCAUGGCAGCUGUGCUAGACACCUCCGCCGCGCCCGCUGGCAGCGCUCAGCAACGCAUCGCACCACAGCUGCCCACCACUGCCCGCCUCUUCCAUGCGACCUGUGCCUUUGCGGUGCAGAAGCUCCUGCUGCCCCCAUGGAUCUUCCUCAGAAAGGUGAAGACCUACAUCAUCUCACCUGGGGAGACGUACCCCGACCAGAUCAUAGCAUACCCUGCUCUGAAGCAUUUACCCAUUCGAAUCUUCCUACCCCCAGGCUAUGACCGGACCAGCACCAAACGCUUCCCUGUGCUCCUCACCAUCCACGGCGGUGGCUUCGUCCUGGGCAACCCCUGGGACAAUGACCCCUGGAAUCGCGCCUUCUCCAGCAAGCACGGCUAUCUCGUCGUAUCACUCAAUUACAGCAAGGCACCUGGCUCCCCCUUUCCCAAGCCCGUCUACGACCUCGAAGCCCUCAUCCAGCUUGUCUUAGCCGACACAACACUGCCCAUCGACUACGACAGGAUCGCCAUAGCAGGCUGGUCAGCAGGCGCCAACUUGACUCUAGCAGUCUCCCAGCUCGACACCGUCAAGCUCCACGUCAAAGCCGUUGUCCCUCUCUAUCCCGUGGUUGACUUUGUCCCCACUCAAGAAACAAAGUGUGCCGGCCGCCGCUACAAGCCCGACCUUGGCGGAUUCCGCGGUAAAGAUAAGGACUUUCUGCUCGCCAUGUCGCCGACAUUCAACUGGGCUUAUCUCAACCCCGGCACUGACUUGCAUGACACACUCCUCAGCCCAGCACACGCCAAGAGGGAAGCACUCCCCAAAAACAUUUUUAUGAUUGGCUGCGAGCUGGACAUGUUGGCUCCUGAGGCGUGGAGGAUGAUUUGCAGUCUGGCUGGCAAGCGUGUGCCGAGAGAGGAUGAGGUGGUCGGAAGGCAGAUGACGGCAAAGGAGGGAGAGCUGAUCACGGGCAAUGAUGAUCGGUAUGCCUGGGAAGAGGUGAUCAAGAUGGAUGGAGGGGCGAGAUACAAGUGGUUGUUGGUUCCGGAUCAGGUGCAUGGGUUUGAUCAAGACAGCAUUGGGCACAUGGUGGGCAAUGAUGUGAAGUGCUUGAAGGAUGCCAAGAUGAAGACGGACAAGAUGAUUGAGAUUAUUGGGGGUUGGCUGGAUGAUGUUAUGGAUGUUGACAAGUGA